AAAAGAGUGAAUAGUAUCUAAACUCGUGAUAAGUUCGUCACUCAGAGAUAAAAUCCACAUACUUUAAUCAGCUGUUUUUGUAGCUUUAAGCGUCUCUGUUUCUUUCAAUCCACUAUCAAACUAUUUCUUACGAUCAACAUGGAAAGAGGUUGGAUAGUUGCUGCUCUGUUGGGUAUCUUGGUAGCCUGUGUAGGGGCUGAUACCCCAGCAAAUUGUACCUAUGAAGAUGUCAGGGGUACCUGGAUGUUUUAUGAGGGGGAAAGAAGCGGGGAAAGUGAUCUAGAUUGUUCUAAUUUCCGAGGACCCACACUAAACUCUAUGAAGUUUGAGUUAUUAUUUCCUAACAUAGCUGUAGACGAAUUAGGAAACAAGGGUUACUGGACCAUCGUAUACAACCAAGGAUUUGAAGUUGUAAUCAAUUACAGAAAAUAUUUCGCCUUUUCAAUGUACAAACAAUCAGGAAAUAAUGUUACGAGUUACUGUGAUACUAUACUACCUGGAUGGAGUCAUGAUAUCUUGGGUAAAAACUGGGCCUGUUACAAUGCCCACAAGAUAACACCUACAACAGCACCUAAGUUCCACAUGGAACCGUCACUCCUUGAAGAUGGAAUUUAUCGACAAGACAAAGAUUUUGUUCAUGCUAUCAACUCUAUUCAAAAUUCCUGGACUGCUACUGUAUACCCAGAAUUGGAUGGUAUGUCAUUAACAAGCUAUUUCAGAAGAUUAGGCGGUGUAAAAUCUCGUAUUCACAAAUCUCCUUCACUUCGCUCACCAAAAGUUUGGCCUAUGUUUCAAGAUCUACCUGAAGAAUUUGAUUGGAGAAAUGUGAGUGGAGUUAAUUAUGUGUCUCCAGUGCGAAAUCAAGGAGGUUGUGGCAGUUGUUAUUCUUUUUCAUCAAUGGGAAUGCUAGAAGCACGAUUAAGAGUUGCAACUAAUAACAAAGAUCAAACUAUAUUUUCUCCACAGGAUAUUGUUAGCUGUUCAGAAUAUUCUCAAGGUUGUGAAGGUGGAUUCCCAUAUUUAAUAGCAGGAAAAUAUGCUCAAGAUUUUGGUGUUGUUCCAGAAGUGUGUAACCCUUACACUGGUAAAGAUGAUAAAUGCAACGAAAAGAAAUGCAAACGGUUCUAUGUUGCAGAUUUUAAAUACAUUGGUGGAUUUUAUGGCGGAUGUAACGAAGAAUUGAUGAAAAUGGAAUUGGUGAAAAAUGGCCCCAUAGCUGUUUCUUUUGAAGUCUAUGAUGACUUCACUCAUUACAGUGGAGGUAUCUACCAUCACACAGGUCUUCAAUCUCGAUUCAAUCCUUUUAUGAUAACAAAUCAUGCUGUUUUAGCUGUUGGGUAUGGAGCUGAUAAAAAAACUGGUGAAAAGUAUUGGAUUGUCAAGAACAGUUGGGGAGAGACAUGGGGAGAAAAAGGAUACUUCAGAAUACGACGAGGAACAGAUGAGUGUAGCAUUGAAAGUAUUGCAGUGGCUGCCAAAAUUAUUCCUUGAAUAUGUCUAAACAAAUACUUUGAACAAUAAAAUCUUGUUUUUAAUAGUUUUA